UUUCUGGAUAUCAGCCACCUCCUUUAUCUGCUGGUGGUACAUACCGUGCUGGGGCCUGUCCUUCCAUGAUUUUAUGAGAGAGAUAAUCUCUGAAUAAUGCUUAGAAUAAUACUUAAAUCUAUUAGCCAGAACUAACCAACCAAGUCGGUGAUGCCAUGUGGCACAAGAUGGCGCUAAACGUGUUCUGCUUUUGAAAGCAGGUCUCCAUAGUGUAAAUGAACCUUUACUCUUGUAGUGUUUCAUGUCCACUUUAAUUAAAGCAAUGUGAUUUGUUUGGGGCCUCUUUAAUGAAGCCAGAAUUUCCAGUUCUUAAACAUAAAACGGCUUCGAUCCACUGCAGAUGCUUGUGAUGGACGACCUGUCCAACGUGCACCUUGGGCGUCACUCUGUGACAGCUGGGUUGAACUGCGUGGACUGAUCAAUUUGUGUCACAUCUGUAGUUUGAGGAUGUGCUUUCAGAGUUUUUACUGUGUUUUACUUUAUUCAAAUCAAGGUUGGUGAUUCCAUAACUUUUGAUAGGACUGUAGACUGUACACCUCACAGUCAUUAGAUUUCAGCGAUCGCCUGUGAAAUGUUUUUGGACUCAUGUGCCAGAACAGCUCUCUUCACCAUCUGUAUUUAAGAUUUAUUUAAGGUUUUUUCAGUGCAGACUUUAAUGUGAACAUGCUGUUCUAGCACACUGAGGUCCAAAAACGUGGAAAUUUUACACUGAUUUUUCUUCUAGCUUGUCAUCUGUAAACCACAUCGCUUAACAUGAUUGGUCCUUUAUCGUGAUUUUUGCCUCUAAAUAACAGCAAAACAAAUUUAGUUGUUCUACACUUUAUCUAGUUAUUGAUGAUUCUGCUUUAAUCGUCUUUCAGGCGUCAGAGCAGAUGACGUUGAAGGAGACAUGAAUCUGCUGGUUCAGGAUAAAUGUAGAUUCAGUAAAAUCAUAAUUCAUGUUGGCAGUAAUGACACCUGAUCACAUCAAUUGGAGGUCACUACAAUGAAUAUUGAAUUGGUGUGUAACUUUGCAAAGCAGUGUCAAACUGUGGUUUUUUUCUGAUUAAAUCACUUGAAUUAGAUUAUCUAAUGAACCCACUCUGAGCUAAUGCUGAGUUUUCAGAUCUUGUGAGGAAGAAGGUUGGAGAGACAGUGAGCACAACUGGAUCUGAAGAUGUACUCAUCCUUUUGUUCCGUGUUGAUUGGAAAUCCAGAUCCUAACCCAAACCCGGAUUCUUUCAUCUAACACCGGAAAAAUAAGCAAAAGGGUGGGACAUGAGCCUCUUCCCCCGACUGUGGGCACAACUAUGUUUGGAAGGAGAGUUUUAUACCUGCCUGGCUUCUUCUCUUAUGCGCAGCAUAUUGUGAAGGUGGAUGGAAAGAGAGGACUUCUUCGCGGCCUCUCACCACGUAUUGUAUCCAGUGCCAUCUCUACUGUGGUGAGGAGCAAAGUUAAACAGCAGAUAGAUGUCCUGUUUAAGAACGGCGACCAGCAGAAUUCACUCAGGAAAGUGGUCAAAGAGACCUCACAUGAGAUGAUCAUCCAGUGCCUGUCCAGAGUAGCCACCCAUCCUUUUCAUGUUAUGUCGGUACGCUGCAUGGCUCAGUUUGUUGGCAGAGAAGUCAAGUAUGGUGGGAUGCUCAGCUGUAUGGUCAAGAUUUUCAAGGAGGAAGGAGUUGCUGGCUUCUAUGUUGGUCUCAUACCGCAUGUCCUGGGAGAGGUUCUGUUUCUGUGGUGUUGUAAUCUCCUGGCUCACUUUAUUAACACCUAUGCUGUGGAUGAAAGUCAUUCAAAUAUUUGGCGUCUGGCGGACUGUGAGCCCGUGGAUUCGAAUUACAUCUUCAGUCAGGCCUCUGCAGUGAGAAGCUACACUAAAUUUGUGAUGGGCAUUGCAGUAAGUGUCCUUACAUAUCCAUUCAUGCUGGUUGCUGAUCUUAUGGUGGUAAACAAUUGUGGACUGGCUGCAGGACUUCCUCCUCUGUCGCCCGUCUUUAGCUCCUGGCUGCACUGCUGGAAUCACCUGAGCAACAAGGGUCACCUCUUUAGAGGAUCCAGUUUCUUUUUCCGCCGAGUGCCCUUGACCUCCAUCGAGGACUAACAUGGUCAUCGCCACCACCUGCUGCGAUGUUCUUCACCUCCUGCUCAGAAACAUUUUCCAAAGAUAUUGAUCCCUUCCUUUGUCAUCAGCCUGCUGUAUCCAUCCGGACAGCCACGUGUAGCUGAAGCAGCAGAACCUUUUUUGAAGUAUGAGAAGCACAUUCAUUGUUAUGAUUACACCAGCUUCUACUCCUUUCCUCCCUGCUUCCAAACAAUGCACCAACCAUGGGCACCGUUUUGUUGCUGAGGCUCACAAGGACAUUUUACAAAUGAUUCUCACAUGAAAUGAUUUAUUUGACUGACUUGCAGUGAGAACAGUACUUCCAAAUUGCACCAAUAUGUUUGUUGGUACCUCUGCUAUAGUCUGCAGCACUUUAAAUAUGUCUGGUUGUUUUAAAACUUGUCAUUUUGCUUGAUUUUAGAUGUUAUUAAUCCUCUCCAGUGUUGCAGCUGAACAGAUGAUCUGUUUUCAGUUUCUUUGCAAUUAAAAACCUCUGUCUUUUUCUUGAUGUUGCUCUUGCAAACUGAGUAAAGAAGUAAUGCUAUUUUUUUAAGUAAAAAGUAUUUUCUUUAAAAGAGGUUGGAGAAAUGCAUGAAAGUCAAGAAGCUCAAGAUAUUAUAUAUGCCAGAGUCUAAUAAAAUGGAGAAGUAUGAUUUUGAAGUUUGUACAAUGUUUUCAUUUUCAUCAGUCAACCUUUAAACCUUCCACUCGAGUGGUUAAAAACCUGUUAACAGUCUGUUAGUUCUGAAAGCGUCCAUGUUCACUCGUGUGACUGAUAAAUGAAUUCUGCUUUAUGUUUGUGACUCCAGUGACAACCCCACCUGCCUGUUUUUAUUGAUAAAAAUAAAAUCUUUGCCACAA